AUGGCUACCCAAACCCUUUCUCGCUUUCUCAUCGCGAAACCCAAAUACCUAACUUCCUUCCGCCCUUUCUCUUCCUUUUGCCCUGCCGCCGCCGCCGCUUCCUCCGUUAAAACACUAAUAACCCCAUCGCCACCCCUACCCUCUCCUUUCUCCGUCGCCUCUGUGCCCCACCUUGCUGCCUCGUCCUCCUUCGCGAUUCAUUUUCUCCCACCGUCAAAUCGUUCUCCUCUCGAGCAGCCAGGUCGUCCUUCAAUGACCCCAACCCUAACUACUCGACCCGUCCCCCUAAAGAGACGAUCUUGCUUGACGGUUGUGAUUUUUGAGCAUUGGCUGGUUGUGAUGGAACCACCCAAGGAGGAUACUACUAGGGAUGAUAAUAGUGAUAGCUAUAUCAAAACCCUAGCUCAAGUUGUGGGCAGGAGGGGAGUAGUCGGCGGUAGCAGAUGGGACUGGCGGCGGCAACAUCAAACCCCUAGGGCUAGGGUUUUAGAAUUCCUAGGGGUCCGGGUCGGAUCCGGAUUCGGGUCUGGAUACUGGUCGAAUGCUGGUGAGGAGGAAGCAAGAAUGAAGAUUUAUUCAGUGUCUACCCAACAUUACUCUGCAUUUGGAGCUCUUGUGUCAGAAGAGCUCUUAUAUAAGAUCAAAGACCUUCCUGGAGUUCUGUGGGUGAAGAACAAGGAUUCUGGAGGCUUAAUGGGCAGCCCAGAUUAUAAGCCCAAGACCUAG